GGGCAUGGCCAGAGGGGCCGAGCAUCGUGCAGAGAAGAGCCUCGCAGCCCCCCAGCUCCAGCCCCGCUCGUGGCUCCCUCAGUCCCCGCAGCACCAUGAAGGUCCCCGCAGCCGCCCUGGUCGCCCUCCUCCUCGUGGCCACCUGCUCCCCGUCCCAGGCGCAUCUCGAUGGUGUCCCCACCGCCUGCUGCUUCAGCUACCAGCAUCGCCCGGUCCCGCGGAGCCUCAUCGCCUCUGCCUACAUCACCAGCAGCAGCUGCACCCAGCCGGGGGUGAUCCUGGUCACCAAGAAGAAGAAGGAGCUGUGUGUGGACCCCCAGGCACCCUGGGUGCAGGCGCACUUGAGUCACUUCCAGGCGCAGAAGAACUGACACUUCCCGACUGCCACCUGCCGUGCCCCUGAUGCUGCCCCUGGCACGCAAAAGUGUGUGAACUGCACCCUUCUUCAACAGGAAAAUUUAUUCUAUUUAACUUAUUUAAGUUAAACUAAGUAUUUUUUGCUAAGAAAAGGGAAAAUACAAAAAUAAUUUAAAUUAUAUCCAUAUAAUAAUUUUAAAAAGUGUAUAAUUUCAGCUAUAUCCUUAUGUCUGUUAAUGAAGAAUCAGGAGUUCUGAUGCUGAAAUAAAGUAUUUGUGCUAUCA